GACAAAAUGGCGGAUAUUGAUACUUUUCUUGUAUGUGUGUUUAUGUUUGUAUUAAUGUUGUAAUAAUGGUCAACUCUGCCUGUUGUGUUCAUGGAUGUGUCUCUAGUAGUCGUGUGUACAAGUAUCUCACGUUUUAUAAAUUGCCAAAAGAUCGACAAAGGAGAAAAAAGUGGAAACGACUCUCAAAAACAACUAGAGAUGACGACUCGAAGUGGACUACAAUAUGUAGACUGCAUUUCAAGGAUGGGUGGAAAAGUGAUUUUUAUUCUGAGCCGACUAUAUUUCCAUGGAGUACAGAGUGGCAGGAAGUUGUGUUGAACUAUAAUAAUUACGUCGAAGAUAAAUUUAAAGCCUUACAAGGAGAAAAUAUGGACCAUAACUACGCUGCCGCUCCGAAGAUGAUGGGGGUCCCGGCCGCUUUUAUGAAAAAAAAGUUUGAGCGCACUUCUAACACUUCAAAACGCGCUUUGAGAAAAAUUGAAUACUGUGAAUCAGAAGAAGAAGAGAAACAAGAAACUCCUACUGGCAUUUUCUCCCCUUCCCCUCCACCCAGCAUUCAACCCCCUCAAGACACUAGUUCUGUGGAUAAKAGUGACCUAGAUGUAUCAACAAUGAAGGUUGCAUAUUAUACAGACACCUACUUACUUACAAGAAGUGAGUUACAGUCAAUCCUCACUAUAAUAGAAGAGCAUUUAGAUAAGGAUGUCAACGACAUAAACCUACUAAAAAAACUCUUAAAAAUUACAAUAACAUUGUUAAAAAAUGUCCAAGAACAGCUGGAUACAGUUAUUGAACUUAGAGACUGGGACAGGUUUUUGCUGAGGAGAUUUGAGGGUUCUGAUGAUGAUAUAAAAUUUUGGACAGGGUUUCCAAGUUACGACAGUCUAAUGUACUUUUUCAAUGGUUUUAUUGUUCCAAAUCAGGGAAACAUGAAGUAUUGGGGUGCUAAUAAUUCAACGAUGAAUAGAGAAUUCAAAACUGGGAUAGCUAGACAACUCACACCAGUAGAUGAAUUAUUUUUAACUCUUGUCAAGCUGAAGCGUGCCAGUGCAAAUGAAGAUCUGUCUGAAAGAUUCAAAAUAUCAAGCUCACAUGUUUCAUCAAUAUUUAUWACAUGGAUAAAUCUUAUGGCAAAAACACUAAGGAAAAUUGAUAUGUGGCUGAGUCGUAGAAAAGUAAAAAAAAAUGAUGCCAGAUGUUUUCAAGCCGCUAUAUUCKGAUGUGAGAAUCAUUGUUGACUGCACAGAAAUGGAGAUUGAGCGUCCAUCUGACUUUGAGCUCCAAWCAACAACAUAUUCAACUUAUAAAAGCAGAAAUACUGUCAAAGGUCUUAUUGGACUGUCUCCUACUGGCCUUACUACAUUUGUGUCUCCUCUGAUGGAAGGAAYCAUCAGCGAUAAUGAUAUUACAGCUCAAAGUGGCUUGUUAGAAAAACUAGAAAAAGGUGACGCAAUAAUGACAGACAGGGGUUGGACAAAUAAAUCAGCUCUACUUAAGCAUGGAAUUAGGCUAGCUGUUCCUGAAUUUCUAAUGGAUAAGAAGCAGUUCCUCCUACCAGAUCUAGUCAGGUCAGUUUCUAUAGCAAGGUUAAGGAUACAUGUAGAAAGAAGUAUUGGCAGAGUAAAGCAAUGGAAUAUUAUAAYCAAUAGAAUACCUMUGACACACUGGAACAARUUYAAUGACAUUUGGUUUGUCUGUGCAAGUUUGCCACUUUUCUGGCCACCAAUUAUUGAUGUUGAAGAUACCUAGAUGAUGAGACCAAGAGAGCCAAAUAAUUUUGACCUGCAGAGGCAAUUAUAUUUAUUUUUGCUGACUGGUGAUUGUGCAUCUUGUAAGUAUUCAAUUCAACAUCUGUAUAAUAUUACACUAGAUCAAAAAAAGCCAUCCUAUGUUGAUUGGGUGACUCUACCAUACAAAUUGAUUAGAAUAUACUGUAGAUCAGUUUAUUCAUUGGCUUAAUAUUAACAGCUAUAUGUUUCAAUGAAUUAAAUUAUAAGUUAGUUGUAAAAAAGUGAGUAAUGCUAAUGAUUAGCUUUUUAACAUUACAUCAACUACGUAUACUACUGAAUAUUAUAUUGUCAACCAUAAGAAUAUUAUGGGUUGAAUUAAGGAUCACUCAAUCAACAAACGUUUUAAUAUAUCUAUAAAUGAAACCUUUCCUGUACAAGUGCAGGUAUGACGUACUUAGAAUGAAAAUCUAUUAGUUGCUCUCUSGUAUCAUUCCAAAAUUGUUGUUCAAAGUUUACUUGAACAAUUUCAACAUUGUAUUUGUCACUAGUGAAUAUAACUACAUAACAUUGAAGACUUCUAGUUUG